GUAGUAACAGGCACGUCCUCCCCGUCAAAACUAGCCGGAAUCUGGAAAGAAUAUCUUUAACAAAAAAAAAAGAUGCGAGUUGUCAGAAUUUCUUGCGUCGGGACACGUCAUCUUUCACCUCCCUCCUCCGCCGGCGUUUGCGCCGCCCACUCCGAUGUCUCAGCCUCCUCCUCCUCCUCUGCCGAUGAGGCGAGCUGUGGUGGCACGCCUAGUUGGAGAAUCAAGAAGAGGCUAACAUGUGUGUGCUUUAUCCGUAAGAGACCUUAUGAACUAAUCUGUUCUAACUUGACACCAUUGCAGGAAGAAAGACUGAAGAGGCUUAGAAAGAGAAUGAAGAAUUGCUUUGAUGCGUCCCGGCCUGACCAUCAAGAUGCACUUAGAGCAUUGUGGUCCGCAACGUAUCCCGGUGAAAAGCUUCAAGAUUUGAUCUCAAAUCAAUGGAAAGAUAUGGGAUGGCAAGGAAAAGAUCCAUCCACUGAUUUCAGAGGAGCUGGAUUCAUAUCACUGGAGAAUCUUCUCUUCUUUGCCAAGACAUUCUCGACUUCGUUUCAGCGUCUAUUAAAGAAACAAGGAGGCAAAAGAGCAGAUUGGGAAUAUCCAUUCGCUGUAGCUGGCGUCAACAUCACCUUCAUGAUCAUGCAAAUGCUCGAUCUUGAAGCCUCAAAACCUAGGACUUUUGUACGGUCGAUUUUCUUACAAAUGCUUUCAGAAAAUGAAUGGGCAUUUGAUUUGCUUUACUGUGUGGCCUUUGCCGUAAUGGACAAGCAAUGGCUUGACAAGAACGCAACAUACAUGGAAUUCAACGAUGUGCUAAGAUGUACGAGAGGGCAGCUAGAGAGAGAGCUGAUGAUGGAUGAUGUUUUCAGGAUCGAGGAUAUGCCUUCUUUCUCUCUUCUCUCUUAAUUAGUAUUGUUUACCAAUCAAUUUCUUGUUGUCACUUUAGAUUUAGACAAUUUCAAGGGAGAAAAAUACACAAUAGGUCGAUUUUUGUUUUUCAGGAAUAUCCGACCCCGUGAGAUGAGUGAACAAUUUGUAUGUAGAUAAACUGAUAUAAUCCGAAUAUAUUGUCAUUGAAUUUUC